GCUGAGGGCGGAGAGUGAAUUUGCUGGAUUUGCACUCAGUUACUCCUACAAGAGUUCUCGGGCAGCAGAAAUCUGUUUUCACGAGGGUAAUCACAAGGAUGAAGGUUGACAUUCAUAAUCAUAUUUUACCAAAGGAGUGGCCCGAUUUGAAGCAGAGGUAUGGAUAUGAUGGGUUUGUCCAGCUUCACCACUGCAAGGGUGAAGCAGAGAUGAUGAAGGAUGGGAAACUGUUCCGAGUGAUUCAAGAAAACUGCUGGGAUGCAAACGCACGCAUAAGGGACAUGGAUCAGCAUGGUGUCACAGUUCAAGCCCUUUCUACUGUUCCUGUGAUGUUCAGUUACUGGGCUAAACCUCAUGACACACUGGAUCUCUGUGUCCUUUUAAAUGACAAUUUGGCCCAGACAGUGCGUAGCCACCCCAAGAGGUUUGUGGGCCUGGGCACUCUGCCCAUGCAAGCCCCCAACUUAGCCGUGCUUGAGAUGAAGCGCUGCGUGAAGGAGCUGGGCUUCCCUGGGGUGCAGAUUGGCUCACAUAUCAACAACUGGGACCUCAACGCCUCUGAACUCUGUCCUUUCUAUGCUGCAGCUGAGGAGUUGGGCUGCUCCAUAUUUGUCCACCCGUGGGACAUGCAGACAGAUGGAAGGAUGGCUAAGUAUUGGCUGCCGUGGCUGGUGGGCAUGCCAUCAGAGACAGCCAUGGCUAUUUGCUCAAUGAUAUUUGGAGGUGUCUUCGAGAGAUUUCCUAAAUUGAAAGUCUGCUUUGCACAUGGAGGUGGCUCUUUUCCAUUCACCGUUGGUAGAAUUGAACACGGCCACAAAGUCCGCCCUGACCUGUGUGCAGUGGACAAUAAGAUCAGUCCAAAAAAAUACCUCGGUUCUUUCUACACCGACUCCCUAGUUCAUGAUCCCAUCGCCCUGAAGCUACUCAUUGAUGUUAUUGGAAAAGAUAAAGUGAUGCUGGGAACAGAUUAUCCAUUCCCGCUGGGUGAGCUGCAGCCUGGAUCACUGAUUGAGUCAAUGGAUGAAUUUGAUGACACACUAAAGGAUAAAUUGCUUGCUGGAAAUGCACUGGAGUUUUUGGGCCUGAAACGAGGGCAAUUUGAGUAACAUGAAAAUCUGAGACGCAACUGCUACACCCAGUGAUUCAGUGCAAAUGCUUUAUUUAAAUAUUCAUAUUUGAAUGAUUAAAAAAUAAUUUUGGAUCAGUGUAUAGUAGAUACAACCAAUGUUAUUGUUGUUUGAUACAAUAAAGUAAGUUAUAAUAAGUAA